CGCUUAAUGUUUUGUGAAUUAGGAUAAAUUUGUGUAAAAAUUUUCAUUUGUGUCCGUUUAUAGCAGCAUUGCUUUCAUAUACGGGUUGAUAUUUCCUCUGAAUGGAAUUAUACAAUAAUACAGUUUACGGGAACUGCACUACAUUUGCUCGAUAAUGGCAAUUUUAAUUGAAAAUAGGCGUAGUUUUAGCAUGUGCCUGAUGUGAACGAAACUGUGAUUUUAAAAUUAUUGCGUUUGCAGAGUGACAGGUAAUUAACAAUAAAGAAGACUCAAAGGUAAAAUGGAAUCCUCUCCUGUGUGUUCUGUUAGUGAAAGUGAGACUUGUUUUAGUCAGUGUGAUGCAGGAGCACACAGUUUUCAGCCUUCGUUUGAUACCACCGGUGAAACUAGUGAAAUUCUUAGCAGAGUGUAUCGACCACAUGGUACAUUGGCACGAACACUGUACCACAAAUAUCUAGCAGAUGAACGACUACAAAGAUAUGAUAGAAAUAAGUGGUACCAUUGUGACACCAACCGUCUUCAGGAGUCUGUCCGAGAGCGAUUCCUGUGCCUGGGAAUAGACAAAGAAACGGAAUUGUUUCUGGACCAAUCCUGCCACAAAUCCGACUGGAUCUUCACGCAGCUGUGGCACUCCAUUGCAAAGGCGUUUCUCGGUUGGUUCAUGACUCAGACAUCCAUUAAUGGGCUCCUGGGACGCGGGUCCAUGUUCGUAUAUUCGCUGGACCAGUUCCGUCGCUUGCUGGCCGUGACGGAGGGAUGGCGUGGCGGUGCCUUGUUGGACCUGGGUGCAGGCGAUGGCAAGACCACAGAGGUGAUGGGGCAGCUCUUCAGCAACGUGUACGUCACAGAGAUUUCCGGGUCCAUGCGCUGGGUACUUGCCAAGAGAGGCUUCCAAUUGCUGGACGUGGAGGCAUGGCGUGAAGCAGGGAUCAAAUUUGAUGUGAUAACAUGCCUGAACCUUUUAGACCGAUGUGACAGACCACUGUCACUGCUCCGUGACCUUAAAGCUUCACUCAGGCCAGGUGGCAAGGUUGUUGUGGCCCUUGUGCUUCCAUUCAACCCCUAUGUUGAGAUCGGCCGCCUAGACCAUCGACCAACAGAAUGGCUGCCUAUUGAAGGUUCAGGUUUUGAGGAGCAGGCCAGCAGUGCGAUCAGCAAUGUUUUUGAGGCAUCUGGUUUCCGUGUGGAACGCUGGUCCCGGGUUCCCUACCUGUGUGAGGGUGACCUCACCCAGGCUUUCUAUUGGCUAGAUGAUGCUGUGUUUGUGCUGUCUGCCCCAGAAGAAAGCCAGCAAGAUGUCAGCUGAUAGUUCAAGAACUCUUCAACUGCUGACUGCAAUAUGUGGCGGCGGCAGGAAGGAACGGAGAGACUGAACCAGCUGGAUAGUGUCCACAAGAGCUGUAACAGCAAAACAGUAAAUCUUAUUGUUAUGUGAUCCGGAUUGCGAUGCCUUCUAGUCUUGAUACAGGUACCAACAUUUCAGAGGAACGUGUCUGUCUGACUGCACAGCACGACAUCCCAGAGAACCAUAACUUCCAUCAUUCUGCCUUCAGGAUGGGGUGUCCAGUAAUUAAAAGGAGUACUGAAACAAGUUGCAAAAACAGAUUGUGCUCGUUAGCAUAGACAUUCAGUACAUUACUAAACACCCUGUGUGCUGAUGUGAAGUUACAUUUGUGGACAGGCUAAGAGGCCAAUCAUUCUAAUUUCUUUCACCCAUUUAGUCAGACUCGGGCCCCAGAGAUAUUUAAAUAUGGUUUCCAGAUAUGCAGCACAAAACUUCAAACAGAACACAUGGGACUGAUAUAGUGGUAGGACCUUUCGUCCUGACAGGAAUUGAUUUUCAAUUGCAUUUAUACCAUUAUUCAUGUGUCUUCAUAUGAGACUUGAGGUUCAUGUGAGUGUGUGUCUGAAUAAUAUUGUCUUCUGUACUCCGGAUGAUUCUGUCCUCUCUCUUCUAAUACUCUUACAACUUUCCUUCCCUGCUUGACUUACUUUCCAAAACACUGGUAUCUACCAGGCUAGAUGGUGUCACAUUCCACACAACAGUAAUCUUGUUAUGUGCCUUCAGUUUGCACAUUAUUUACACGUAGUUCAGUCGGGAUAGCAAUGGGCUAUGAGCCAGACAGCUGGGGUUCAAUACCCUGCAGGGAUGAGAGAUUUGUCUCUUCUUUACAGUGUCCAGACUGGCUCUGGGGCCCACCUAGCCUCCUAUCCAGUGAGUACCACAGGCUCAUUCCCAGGGUUUACAGUGGCCAGGAUGUGAAGUUGACCGCUUGUGUCCUUCUAGUGCCAAUGUCAACAAUAGUGGAGCUAUACCUCCAUCCCCAUACAUUAAUUAAGCACAAGGACAACAUUAGAGGCACACAGUAGCA